GUCAAUGUUUCAGCUUUUUCCACCAGACAAGAUCUCAACCUACAGUCCGCCUUUUUACCGGCCUUUCUCCGGGUCACAGUCCGCCUUUUUACCGGCCUUUCUCCGGGUCACAGUCCGCCUUUUUACCGGCCUUUCUCCGGAUGGAGAUCGUCCACGUCUACACGAAGCUCCGGAGUGAGUUCGGCCGACAGUGUCUCUUCUCGGACCGGCCCGCUGAGCUCCUGGUGGAUGUUUCUCCAGACCCGAACCUGGCCCUGCAGUUCAUCCAGAAAACCCGCCGAGACCAGGCCAUGCAGGCCAGCAGGGACAUGUCCGAGCACCAGGUGAACACGGAGCGCUUUGAGUCGGAGAGCCGUGGAAUAAACCACCUGGAAGGGGGGUGGCCUAAAGACAUCAACCCUCAGGAGAUGGAGCAGACCAUCCGCUUCAGGAAGAAGGUGGAGAAGGAUGAGGUCUACAUCAACAGUGUCCUACAGCUGGGCAGCAUCAUGGAGCACUGCAUCCGACAGAACAACGCCGUGGACAUCUACCGGGAGUACUUUGAGGACGAGGACGAGGUGGAGGAGAACCAGGAGCCGCCGUCUGCCAAGACCAUCAAUGUCUUCAGCGAUCCAAACGAGCUGAGGAGAACCAUCACAGACCUGUCCUGGCAUCCUGAUGGCGCGAGGAAACUGGCGGCCGCUUACUCCUGCCUGGAGUUCCAGAAGAGCUGCAGAGGCUUGAGUCUGGACUCCUACAUCUGGGACAUCGAGAACCCCAACAAACCUGAGCUGACCCUGAAGCCGGCCUCCCCUCUGGUUUGCCUGGACUACAACCCCAAAGACCCCCACACCCUGGUGGGGGGCAGCUACAACGGACAGAUCGUGUACUGGGACACCCGCAGAGGAGGGACACCAGUGGAAGUGUCCUCUGUGGAGCAGAGCCACCGAGAUCUGGUCUACAAGAUCCUCUGGCUUCAGUCCAAGACUGGGACAGAUGCCUUCUCCGCGUCCACUGAUGGACAGGUGCUGUGGUGGGACGUCCGCAGGCUGAGCGAACCUACAGACCAGCUGGUCCUGGACCCAUGCCGGGAGGGGAACCUAGAUCGAGCUUUUGGAGCGGUCUCCUUAGAGUUUGAGCCCACCAUGCCCACUAAGUUCAUGGUGGGAACAGAACAGGGUCUCGUUGUCUCCUGUAACAGGAAGGCGAAGACUCCGGCUGAGAAGAUGGUCUGUACCUACGAGGGACACCACGGACCAGUCUACGCCCUGCAGAGGAACCCCUUCUUCCCCAAGAACUUCCUAACCGUUGGGGACUGGACCGCUCGCAUCUGGUCUGAGGACAUCAAGGAGUCUUCCAUCAUGUGGACCAGGUAUCAAAAAUCCUACCUGUCCAACGCCUGCUGGAGUCCCGUCCGUCCACCAGUCUUCUUUACAGUUAAGAUGGAUGGAACUUUGGACAUUUGGGACAUCCUGUUCAAACAGAACGACCCCACACUGAGCCUGAAGGUGUGUGAUGACCCCCUGUACAGCCUCUGUCUCCAGGAUAACGGGCGUCUGUUGGCGUGCGGCUCUCAGGGGGGCGGGGCAACGCUGUUGGAGGUGUGUUCAGGACUGUCCACUCUGCAGAAGAAUGACAAGAGUCUUCUGGCUGCGAUGUUUGAGCGAGAGACCAAGAGAGAGAAGAUCCUGGAGGCCCGGCAGAGGGAGAUCCGUCUGAAGGAGAGGAGUCGCUCCGAGCAGAGCCGAGAGGAGGAGGGGGGGCCGGAGGUGGGAGACGACAGUCCGCAUCAGCUGAUCACCUGGACAGAGAAGGACUUCUUCAGCCUGGUGGAGGCGGAGCAGAGAAGGAGGAGCGAGAGGGAGGGGCGGGGUCAGCAGGAGACAGCCGUCUGUGAAGAACGGGAGGAGAAGAACGAAACAACAUCAGCAAAAUAAAAAGAGCUCUGUGGUCACAGCAGGUCUGUUAGAG